AUGAAAUCACAAAUAUCAAAUGACAGCAGCAAUCAGUUCACACACAUCCUCCUCCAGUUUCAUCUCCCCUGCCAGCACGACGAUGACGACGAUUGGUCUUAUCGCCUCCACGGCGUCCAUGACGAGCACGACGAGCACGGCGCGCACCACCCCCAGAAAGUGCUUCUAUGCCAGAGCAGCACGCCAUUAGCCGCAGCCGCAGCCAACUCGUCCCGCUCUCUCUUUAUAUCCACAGCCACCGAUCCAGCGACGCUGCAGGAAGUAGCCAUACCCACGCUCCACCCACUCAAUCAAUCCACGCUUGACGCGCCCAUCACCUGCAUUUCAACGGAUACCUACGAUAGCUACAUUGCAGCAGCCACCACGACAAACAUCCAUAUCUUGAGCCGCGACUUGCACCUGCUCCAUACGCUCGAGUCACCCGCCCCCCACAUCCACAGCCUCUGCCAAAGAUACUUGGCCUAUAUCCACCCCCACCCCACUUCCACUUCGGGUAUUAUCGCCGCUAACAAUCUCAAUUACGCAGACAGGCCGAGCUACUCCACUGCCGAAAUUGCCUCCCAUCUCGCCAGCUACAUUGAAGCCGGCUACAAACGUGGGCACAACACUUUCGACUCUCUGCGCAACACCUACUACAGCAGAUCAGCGCCUGUUCCGAGCGAGAGUGUGAGUGCAUCACCUCAGUCUCAUUCUCAGGCUCAGGUUCAGUUUCAAGACUUAUACCGCCACAGCAAGCAUACACACGUAGUGCGAGUGCUCGACAUACCCACUCAGCGCACAGUCGGUCUAUUCGACUCGUCGCUUUCCCCCCUAUCACACAUCUCGCUCAGUCCUAGCAGCAGGAAUGUUUUGGUAGCAGAUACCAAUGCGCACGUGUUCCACAUCUACGAAUUGCGUCCACGCCCGCUCAUCGGCGUGCAUAUGCGCGAAAACGACAGCGAUUACGACUGUGUGUGGCACAGGUAUGCACUGAGGCGGGGAUACACGACUGCGCGCGUGCAGAAUGUAUCUUGGAGCAGAAACGAGAGGUGGGUAGGUGUCACUACGCACACGGGUACCACACAUGUAUAUCCUCUCAACCCUAACUCGGGUGGGAGAGUCACUGAGGCGCAUGUCUCAGGUGAGCCUAUCAGCAUGGGGGCGGUGAGCAGUCACUCACACUCCCACUCUCACCUCUCUACCACCCUCAACAGCAUUGUCAAAAUAAGACCCAGUGGGUCAGACGAGGGGGAUCGGCAGCGUUGGCACACAAUGCACACUAUGCACUCCACGCACUCGGCUCACUCCACACGCUCCCCCUAUGAUGUCGCUUUCGCUUUCGCAGAUGUGCACACACCCGCCAAGGGCAGUCUGGUGGUGUAUGUCGCCGACAGCGCCCGAGACAAGUUUGCGCAGCUCGACUAUACACUGAGUUGGAGCGAGGGGGGUGACUUGAGCGAGAAGCAGAUGCAGACACAAAAGAAACCUCCCUCCGUGCAUGCCGCACUGGGAAAGGUUUGCGACGUGGUCACACAAGAGGAAUCAAACGGGACAUCAAAGGAGCAGCAUAUUUCACACACCAUCUCACACCCCAGCAACCCUCCCCCCAUUUGCCAAAUGUCGCGUGGCGAGAUCGAGACAUUUGACGUAUCGGCUUUGCGUAGUAUAUUCUCAUCGCGACAGAUUGAAUUCAGGGCAGCGUCGACGGAUAUACUAGCGCGGUAUGCGGAUGAUGCGACUGAAUUGAUACGCCACUCGUAUGUGUAUAGAGUAAGACCGGAGGUGGAGGUAAGGAAGGAGAGGGAGAAGGCUAACGAUGACGAGAAGAAGGACAGUAACGAUAAUGACAUAGAAAAAGACAUAGAAAGCACCAUCGAAUACACCAUCGACCCCUCGUCUAUCCAUCACAUCAUCCCGGCUCUGCCCAACGGCGUCAAUUAUAAAAGCAGCUUGUCACUGCCUGAUCAGCACACAUUGAGAAAAAUAAUCAAGGGCUCUUAUAGUAGAAUCUCAUCCACGUUCGGCAGUCCUGAGGCUGUGGCGGGCGGAGACACGGAAGACAAUGAUACUGCAUCCGUAGAGGGUGAUGUGAGGGUGUACAAAGAGGCAAAGGAAGCGUCUGAAGAAGCUGACCGCUUUGUUGUUGGGCUGGUCGACGAUGAGGAGGAAGGGGAGGGGGAGUGA